CCCGGCGGCACGAACAUGGCGACACGGAGCUCUGGCGGGGCCGGCCGUGCCUCCCCGCUCCCCCGCCGGCUGCUGCCGCUCCUGCCGCUCCUGCCGCUGCUGCUGCUGCCGCUGCCGGCGCCCGCCCGCUCGCCGCUGCUGCUGCUCCGCGCCCCGCCGGCCCCCGCCGCCCCCGCCGAGCCCCCGCGGGGCCGCCGCGCCGCGCCGCGCCCGCCCGAGCCCAUCCAGGUGUACGGACAGGUCAGCCUCAAUGAUUCCCACAACCAGAUGGUCGUUCACUGGGCAGGAGAGAAGAGCAACGUGAUUGUGGCCUUGGCCAGGGACAGCCUGUCCUUGCUGGGUCCCAAAAACAGCGAUGUUUAUGUGUCCUAUGACUAUGGGAAGAGUUUUAAGAAGAUUUCAGAGAGGUUCAGCUUCGAUGGGGGGAACAGCAGCGAGGUGGCCAUCGCCCAGUUCUACCACAGCCCGGCUGACAACAAGAGGUACAUCUUUGUGGAUGCCUUUGCCCCGUACCUCUGGAUCACCACUGACUUCUGCAACACCAUCCAAGGCUUCUCCAUCCCCUUCAGAGCAGCAGACCUCCUCCUGCACAGCAGGAACCCCAACCUCCUCUUGGGCUUCGACAGGUCUCACCCUAAAAAACAGCUCUGGAAAUCAGAUGACUUUGGCCAGACCUGGAUAAUGAUUCAGGAACACGUGAAGUCCUUUUCUUGGGGGGUUGAGCCCCACGACAAGCCCAGCACGGUGUACAUCGAGCGGCACGAGCCCUCGGGGGCCUCGACCGUCAUCCGCAGCACAGACUUCUUCCAGAGCCGGGAGAACAAGGAGAUCAUCCUGGAGGAUGUGGAAGAUUUCCAGCUCAGGGACAAAUACAUGUUUGCAACCAAGUCUGUGCGUUUGCUCGGCAGCUCACAGCCCCCCUCAGUCCAGCUCUGGGUCUCCUUCAACCGCAAGCCCAUGCGGGUGGCACAGUUCGUUACCAAGCAUCCAAUUAAGGAAUAUUACAUUGCUGAUGCCUCGGAGGACCAGGUGUUUGUGUGUGUCAGCCACGACAACAACCGCACCAACCUCUACAUCUCAGAGGCUGAGGGCCUGAAGUUCUCCCUGUCUCUAGAAAAUGUGCUCUACUACAGCCCAGGGGGAGCUGGCAGCGACACCUUGGUCAGGUACUUUGCCAACGAGCCCUUUGCAGAUUUCCACCGUGUGGAAGGCGUGCGGGGCGUUUACAUCGCCACGCUGAUCAACGGCUCCUUCAGCGAGGAGAACAUGCGCUCCGUCAUCACCUUCGACAAGGGCGGCACCUGGGAGCUGCUCCAGCCCCCCACACAGACCCAAUAUGGGGAGCACAUCGACUGCCAGUUGUCCCAGGGCUGCUCUCUCCACCUGGCCCAGCGCCUGAGCCAGCUGCUGAAUUUCCAGCUGCGCAGGAUGCCCAUCCUCUCCAAGGAGUCGGCGCCAGGACUGAUCAUUGCCACUGGCUCUGUUGGCAAGAACAUGGCAAGGAAAACCAAUGUUUAUGUCUCGAGCAGUGCUGGAGCAAGGUGGAGAGAGGCUCUGUCUGGACCCCACUACUACACCUGGGGUGACCACGGUGGAAUUCUGGUGGCCAUCGCCCAAGGCACCGAGACCGACCAGCUCAAGUACAGCACAAACGAAGGGGAAACCUGGAAAGUGUUCACGUUCUCGGAGAAGCCGGUGUUUGUGUAUGGCCUCCUGACCGAGCCCGGCGAGAAGAGCACCAUUUUCACCAUCUUUGGCUCCUACAAGGAGAAUGGCCACAGCUGGCUGAUCCUGCAGAUCAACACCACUGACGUGCUGGGGGUCCCUUGCACUGAGAAUGACUACAAGCUGUGGUCACCCUCGGACGAGCGAGGCAAUGAGUGUUUGCUGGGCCAUAAAACCGUUUUCAAAAGGAGGACUCCUCAUGCGACCUGCUUCAAUGGGGAGGACUUUGACAGGCCUGUCAUGGUCUCCAACUGCUCUUGUACGAGGGAGGACUUUGAAUGUGAUUUUGGCUUCAAGCUGAGUGAUGACUUGUCCUUAGAAGUUUGUGUCCCUGACCCUGAGUUUGCUGGGAAGCCCUAUGACCCACCAGUCCCUUGCCCUGUUGGCUCAACCUACAGGAAGACUCGAGGCUACAGGAAGAUCUCUGGGGACACUUGCACGGGUGGAGACAUCGAGUCGCGGCUGGAGGGGGAGCUGGUGCCGUGCCCGCUGGCGGAGGAGAACGAGUUCAUCCUCUACGCCACCCGCUACUCCAUCCACCGCUACGACCUGGCCUCGGGCGUCAGCGAGGAGCUGCCCCUGGCCGGGCUCAGGGGGGCUGUGGCCCUGGAUUUUGACUACGAGCACAACUGCCUCUACUGGGCUGAUGUCACUCUGGACAUCAUCCAGCGUCUCUGUCUCAACGGCAGCUCUGGGCAGGAAAUAAUCAUAAGCACUGGGUUGGAAACAGUGGAAGCUUUGGCUUUUGAGCCUCUCAGCCAGCUGCUCUACUGGGUCAACGCUGGGAUUCCCAAAAUCGAGGUUGCCAAUCCAGAUGGAGACCUGAGACUGACUGUCCUCAACUCCUCUAUACUGGAGCGGCCCAGAGCCCUGGCUCUGGUUCCCCGAGAAGGGUUGAUGUUCUGGACAGACUGGGGGGACUCCAGGGCUGGCAUCUACAGAAGUGACAUGGACGGGUCUCUGGCCGGGUGCAUCGUCUCGGAGGGCGUGCGCUGGCCCAACGGCAUUUCUGUGGAUGACCACUGGAUCUACUGGACUGAAGCCUACAUGGACAGGAUCGAGAGGGUGGAUUUCAAUGGCAUGCAGAGAUCUGUGAUCCUGGACAGCCUCCCUCACCCCUAUGCCAUUGCUGUAUUUAAGAAUGAAAUCUACUGGAACGACUGGUCACAGCUGAGUAUUUUCAGAGCAUCCAAAACCAGCGGCUCCAGGAUGGAGAUCUUGGUGGGCCGACUGAAUGGGAUCAUGGAUAUGAAAAUCUUUUACAGAGGGAAGACAACAGGGCGGAACGCCUGCAUCACCAAGCCCUGCAGCCUGCUCUGCCUGCCCAGGUCCAACAACGGCCGCAGCUGCAAGUGCCCCGAGGGGGUGGCCAGCACGGUGCUGCCCAGUGGGGAGCUCAGGUGUGACUGUCCCCAUGGCUACACCAUGAAGAACAACACCUGCAUCAAGGAAGAGAACACGUGCCUGCCCAACCAGUACAGGUGCUCCAAUGGGAACUGCAUCAACAGCAUCUGGCAGUGUGACAACGACAAUGACUGCGGGGACAUGAGCGACGAGAAGAACUGCCCAACCACCGUGUGCGACACCGAGACCCAGUUCCGCUGCCAGGGCUCGGGGACCUGCAUCCCCCUGUCCUACAAAUGUGACCUGGAGGAUGACUGUGGGGACAACAGCGACGAAAGUCACUGUGAAGCUCACCAGUGCAGGAAUGAUGAGUUCAGCUGCAGCUCAGGGAUGUGCAUCCGUCUCUCCUGGAUGUGUGACGGGGAUAACGACUGCAGGGACUGGUCUGACGAAGCCAACUGCACUGCAGUUUAUCACACCUGUGAGGCCUCCAGCUUCCAGUGCCACAACGGCCACUGCAUCCCGCAGCGCUGGGCGUGCGACGGCGACGCCGACUGCCAGGACGGCUCUGACGAGGACCCUGCCAGCUGUGAGAAGAAGUGCAACGGCUUCCAGUGCCCCAAUGGCACCUGCAUCCCCACCAGCAAACACUGUGAUGGCAUCAACGACUGCUCCGACGCCUCGGACGAGCAGCACUGCGAGCCCCUGUGCACCCGCUACAUGGAUUUCGUGUGCAAGAACCGGCAGCAGUGCUUGUUCCACUCCAUGGUGUGCGACGGCAUCGUCCAGUGCCGCGACGGCUCCGACGAGGACGCCGGCUACGCUGGGUGCUCCCAGGACCCCGAGUUCCACCGGACCUGUGACCAGUUCAGCUUCCAGUGCCAGAACGGGGUGUGCAUCAGCCUGGUGUGGAAGUGUGACGGGAUGGACGACUGUGGUGACUACUCUGACGAAGCAAACUGUGAAAACCCAACAGAAGCCCCGAACUGCUCCCGGUAUUACCAGUUCCAGUGUGGGAACGGGCACUGCAUCCCCAACCGCUGGAAGUGCGACCAGGAGAACGACUGCGGGGACUGGUCUGACGAGAGGGACUGCGAGGGAUCUCCAGUUCAUCCCAUUACCACGCUGACCCCCCCGACGUGCCUGCCCAACCAUUUCCGCUGCAACAGCGGCGCCUGCAUCACCAACAGCUGGGUGUGUGACGGCUACAAGGACUGCUCUGACGGCUCUGAUGAAGAAGCCUGCCCCACCCCAAGACCCAACGUGACAGCCACGUCCCCGGCGCUCCCGGGGCGCUGCAGCCGCUUCGAGUUCGAGUGCCAGCAGCUGCACAAGUGCAUUCCCAACUGGAAGAGGUGUGAUGGAGUCAGGGACUGCCAGGACGGCACCGACGAGCGGAACUGCCCCACUCCAAGCAGCCUGUCCUGCCCCAGUGGCUUCAGGUGUGAGGAUGGGGAGGCCUGCAUCCUGCUGACAGAGCGCUGUGAUGGGUACCUGGACUGCUCAGACAGCAGUGAUGAGAGGAACUGCACAGAUGACACAAUCGUGUACAAGGUCCAGAACCUGCAGUGGACAGCUGAUUUCUCUGGUGAUGUCACCCUGACGUGGGCUCGGCCAAAAAGGAUGUCCUCGACCUCCUGUGUCUACAACAUCUACUACAGGAUGGUCGGGGAGAGCAUCUGGAAGAUCCUGGAGACCCACAGCAACAAAACCAACAGCGUCCUGAAAGUCCUCAAGCCCGACUGCAGCUACCAGGUGAAGGUGCAGGUGCAGUGUCUGAGCAGGGUCUACAACACCAACGACUUCAUCACGCUGCGGGCGCCCGAAGGACUACCAGAUGCUCCCCUGAACCUCCAGCUGUCCCUGAAGAGAGAAGCUGAGGGGGUGGUGGUGGGCUGGUGGAGUCCCCCCGUGAACGCCCACGGCCUCAUCCGGGAAUUCAUCGUGGAAUACAGCAGCAGUGGAUCCAAGGAGUGGUCAUCCCUCAGAACCACCAAGAACUACACGGAGAUCAAGAACUUGCAGGUCAACACUCUCUACACAGUCAGAGUUGCUGCAGUAACCAGCCGAGGGGUGGGAAACUGGAGUGAAUCCAAGUCCAUAACCACGGUCAAAGGCAAAGUCAUUCCUCCCCCUGUCAUCCACAUUGAGAGCUACAGUGAUGACUCCAUAAGUUUCAGCCUAAAAAUGACCACGAAUAUCAAGGUCAGUGGCUACGUGGUCAACAUCUACUGGACAUUUGAUAGCCACAGGCAGGAAAAAAGGACUCUGGUCAUAGAAGGAGAAAAGUCCAUCCAAAAAGUGGCCAAUCUGACAGCACACACCCCCUAUGAAAUUUCUGCUUGGGCUAAGACAGAGCUGGGGGACAGCCCUCUGUCCUUUGUGCAUGUGGUGACCAGUGGCACAAGACCUGUGUCCCCAAGCCUCAAGGCCAAGGCCAUCAACCAGACAGCCGUGGAAUGCAGCUGGACUGGCCCCAGGAAUGUGGUCUAUGGAAUUUUCUACGCCACAUCCUUCCUGGAGCUGUACAGGAGCCCCCACAACAGCACCACCAGCGCCCACAACGCCACGGUGCUGGUGCAGCGCGACGAGCAGUACCUGUUCCUGGUGCGGGUGGUGUCUCCCUACCAAGGGCCCCCCUCUGACUACGUGGUGGUGAAGAUGAUCCCGGAUAACCGCCUGCCGCCGCGCCACCUGCACGCCGUGCGCACCGGGAAGACGUUCGCCGUCAUCAAGUGGGAAUCGCCCUACGACUCACCCGACCAGGACAUGCUCUAUGCCGUGGCAGUUAAAGAUUUGGUGAGGAAAACAGACAAAAUCUACAAAGUGAAAAGCCGGAACAGCACGGUGGAGUACACCAUAAGGAAGCUGGAGCCAGGAGGGAAAUACCACGUGAUUGUCCAGCUGGGAAACAUGAGCAAGGAAUCCAGCAUGAAGAUCAACACAGUCCCCCUGUCUGCACCGGACGCCUUAAAAAUCAUCACUGAGAACGACCAUAUUCUGCUUUUCUGGAAGAGUCUGGCACUGAAGGAAAGUAAUUUCAAUGAAAGCCGGGGCUACGAGAUCCACAUGUUUGACAGCUUGAUGAACAUCACAGCCUACCUGGGCAACACCACAGAGAACUUCUUCAAGGUGUCCAACCUGAAGAUGGGCCACAACUACUCGUUCAGCGUGCAGGCACGGUGCCUGUACGGGGGGCAGAUGUGUGGGGAGCCAGCCACGCUUCUCUACGACGAGCUGGGAACAGGUAAAGACCCCUCAGCCACCAGGUCGGGCCAGGCCACGGACGUGGCUGCCAUCGUGGUGCCCGUGCUGUUCCUGCUGCUGGUGACCCUGGGCAUUGGCUUUGUGGUGCUCUACAUGAGGCACAGGAGGCUCCAGAGCAGCUUCACUGCCUUCGCCAACAGCCACUACAGCUCGCGCCUGGGUUCGGCCAUCUUCUCCUCGGGGGAUGAUCUGGGAGAUGAGGAUGAUGAAGCCCCAAUGAUAACUGGAUUUUCAGACGACGUCCCCAUGGUCAUCGCCUGAAGCUCAUUUCUGACUGUACAAAACCAAAUGGUGUAAAUAUUUUAUUUGAUAAAAAUAGUCGAUUGUUUAUUUUAAAAAUGCACUUUGAGUUGCAAUACGUUAUUUUUAUAUGGGCCAAAAAAAGAAAAAAAUAAUAAUAAUAAUUUUAAGAAUACACUUUGUAGUAAUCAACUGUGAAUUGCAGACUAGGUUGGUUGAGUAACAAAUUGCUUUGAUUUAACAUUAAUUUAGUCUUACAAGGCUAUGCUUGCUGGGCAUGCUUUUAAGUCUGUGAGAUAUUUUCCGUUGACUAAAUUGGCUACUCAUUUUAUUUUUCUAAGACGAGAAUAAAUUUAUUUAAAAAAAUAAAAAUUCAGGAGAUUAUAUAUGUAGAGAGAGAUAAUAUAGUCCCUGAAGGUUUUGCUUUUACUUUAAGACAAAAAAAAAAAAUUCUUUGGACUUUGUUUUAUAUGAAAGUAUUUUUGUUGUGUUAAUUUAUUGGGAAAUCUGCUGAGGAACAGAUUUCCAGAGUCGUCAGACAUUGUACACAUUCUUGUGUAGAACAUGUGCCACUUUAUCUUGCAAGGCAGUCGUAUCUUGGCAUCCCCAUCACUGUCCUUGCCACGAUAAUAAAAUCCCUCAUUUUCACUGAGUUUUUCUCCCUUUUAAAGACCCAAUCUUUGAGCAAUCCUAAAGUACAGCAGCACGUGUUUUUAGGGGUGACUUUUAGCUUCCUGCUGCUGUGGGAAGUCAAAAAUAUCCCCACACCAAGAUGUGCUGCCCAAACCCCUCCUGCUGCUGCCCCUGCCCAUCACACAGGGCUUAAUUAAUCUGGAGCUUACAACCACCACAUCACUGGAACAAAAAAAUUGCCACUUGCACCUUAAAACUCAUUUUCCAGGAAUUUUUAGGAUACCCCUCCCCCGUGGAGCCUCCCUCAGAUGCCAGCACGGUGGUGGGAUGGAAGGGGGAAUCUCCAGUGUGUGCAAAUCCAGAUUUUCCACACUCACCCAGAGCAGUAAUCACUGAAAAUUUAAAUCAAUUUGGCCCACAGCAGGGAUUUGAUGCUCCCUCAUCAGGAUCUCCUAAAAGCAGCUGUAGUUUUACCUACAGCUUUAGAAAUAACAUAAAUACACACACACACACACACAUCCAUGUUAUUUUCUCAUCUCCCAUUCCCAGCAGACACAAUACUGGCUGCAGAGCCAAAUGCAAAGAGUCUGCUUGCCACCCUUUGGAGCUUUGAUUUUUUUGUGACAGCAAAAUGUGAAUUUCACCAAAAAAAUGUGAACCUCACCACUACCUGCCAACCCAGGGGCACGACAGGAGAGGAUGUUCAGGGCUCUCCCCUGGCUGUGCUCGAUAUAUGCAAAACUUCUCACCAGGAAAUGCAGCACACUGUCUUGUCACACUGUUUUUGUGAAAAACAAAGGUAUUUUUGCUGUGUAAAUUAAGUUAUAAUUGCAGUCUUCCUACAGAUGAAACGAGAGAGGCCGACUAUGUUUUGAUACGUGACUGAUCCGUUUAAUUUCACAAUAGAAAAAUGUAUAAAAAAAAAAAGUUGAAGUCUGGAUGGUUUGAUACUCUAGAGAAAUACUGACUCUAUUUUCAAUUACUGCUGGUAGCAUUCCCGGUGACAGAUUUUUUUCCUCCCCACCAAAGCUGGGACCAAACUAGAAUCAGAUUUUUAUAAGUAGCAGCAAGCUCGCAGAGUUGCAAUAUUUUUACUUGUCAGUGGAUCAGGUGCUGUUCAGGAGCUGAACUUUUGAGGAAAAUCAACCCAGUACACAGAGCUCAAUUUGCCUGGAGUUACAGCUGCACAGAGAGACCAGACUGACCCAGAGGCUAAACCAGCCUCAAAAACAUAAAUCACAAGAUUUUACGCAGGAGAGGAAGCCUAAAAGCAGAGAAAAGGAGUAUUUAACCCCUUCUUUAUAAAGUAAAAUUUUUUAGGACAGGUAACUGAAAAUUACAAUGCAGCAUCCCAAAAUCUGGUGCCUCUCCGGGGAGGGUUAGGAGUGGGUAAAUUCUGAUAUUUUACUCGCCCAGGCUAAGUCCUGCUGCAGUAAAAUGAGCAGAAUUUAGAGUCUAGCCCAUCCCUGCCUAGCCAGAUGCCAAGGGGAACCCUUGCAACCACUUUAUAUCCUGCAGAAAUCCCUUGGCUGGAGAUUUCCAAGCAUCACCUGGGGGACAGGUCACUCCUGAAAGGCUCCUGGCUUGGGGACACUCGUGCAGAGCAAAGAAUUUUGUACCCAAACCCAGCACUCUUGGUUAAAUCUAACUCCCAAACACAGCGUGGGCAGAGCAGAGCCCUCUGUGGAGCCACCCAGGGGUUUGGGGACACUGCAAAGCCCUUGUGGGGACAGCACUGCCACUCAGAGCUGUCCCCAGCCCUCCCCUUCACUGCAAAAAUCACCACUGUGCUCUCAGCAAAGCAACUUUCACAGGGCUAGUGUAUUUUAUAUGUAGAGGUAGAGGAGUCUGGGCUCCAGGUGGGGAGUAAGUGAUGCAGUUCUGGGGUAAAUUGUAUAUUUUUAUGAACUUUUGAAGCACGGAAUGGUGUUCACAGAGACAUGCAGGGGGUGGGAGGGUUCUGCUGUAAAUAUGGGACGUGGAUGUGGAUGUAUAUUUUGUUCUGGUUUUGUUUUUCAGUAGCUUUGUGUGACGUGACAUGAGACUUGCUACCCUAAAUUUCGGGAGGUGAUUUGAGUCUGCUUUAAAGGAACCCAGUAAAAUGUUUGGAUCUGUAUGGAAAACAAAAAAGGGUAUGGGAAAUACCCUGGUUAGGAGGAACUUCCACCAGUUAAUUUGUGUUUGCACCCGUUUCAGAGGCCCAUGAGCACUCUCAAGUCCAUUUGAACAAAAGACUAAAGUUGAACACGAAAAUCUGCUGAGGUUUUGGACCGUGAGGCUUCUUUGGCUUUGGCUCAGGCUUUUGGUGAGGUUCUCUUUUUUGUGCUGGGGGUUUGGUUUUUCCAAGAAAGGACAAGGAGGUACCAUUUCCCAGGCUGGAGACCUAUUAAAGGUCAGUAAAAGGCUCUUUUCAGUCUGAUAAAUCCCAUCUGGGGGUUGCCAGCCUGUAAAAUCUCCCUGAAGUCAGCAAGAGCAGAGCCCACGCAGGAAGCAGCUGGAACAGGAGCUUCCAGCCCCUCUGGGGUUUGGCCAAGGGCCUGAGCCCCAGGAAAACUGCAGGAGGAUUUCAGAGAGGGGUGAAAUUUGGGGAGAAAACCCCUGCCUGCAGAUAUUUCAUGUGCAGAAGAGCCAGCUCUCCCUGCCCUAACCUGCUCCAGGUGCUCCCACCUGAACUCAGCCUUAGGGGAGAGCUCAGCCCUGGGAAAAGCCACUUUUCCUUGGACACAGGUCAAGUUCUGGAGAUGUUUGGGAGCUCAGAGGCAGCUGGGAAGGGGAGGGAAGAGCAGACAGGCAGAGCUGGCUGCCAGCAUCCACGUCUUGUGGCCUCGUGGCCAAAGGAGCUUUGUGUUUGGUGGUCACCUUGGUGGUCACCACGUUCUUUCACUCCUCCUGGUCCCAGAGUCACCAAAAGCCCCACAUUCCCCACCAGGGACCCCCAGCUGAGCCAAGGGAGCCCCCCCUGAGCACAAUUCCCAUUCCUGGCAGGGCAGAGCUCCGUGGGAGCAUCUCCAUGCUUGGAAUCAGAGAAUAUUAAAUGACAAACGUCACCUGCUGGCCGAUGGAAAAGCAAAAUGUCAUUUUUUCAGCAAAAUAAAAAUAACAGCUUUCAAGUCUCCUUCAAAUGGACUCGAGAAGGGAAAUGGUGCAAUAACUCAGCUGCUCUUGGACCCCAAGAGCAUCUCUGCUCCUGGAAAUAGCUAUAACACUCUAAUUAAUCCUUCCAAACCUGCAUCAGUCCACAAGCAGCCAGCCUCUAAUAGAGGUAGUGUCACCUUUGAAUCAGGUUCUUUAAGAGAAGUUUAAUGUUGUACUAUUUGAAUUGCUACUCUGUGUCCUUUAUUUGUUUGGCUGUUUGUUUUUUUUUUUCAUUCAUUGAUUUCUGCUAUGUAUUAUUGCACAAUUUUGAAGGAAUUUUUGUCUGUCCAUUUUUUCCCCCCCACUUAAUGAUAAUAAUAAAAAAUGGAUUGGGUAAACAAA